AUGACCGUCUUCACCACCAACGCACUACAUGGACUCCACCUGAGUCGUCGUGACUUUGGCCCAGACAAGCAGGGCCUCUUGCCCCCUCUGACGGAGCGAGAUCUGUACCUGAGAGCGUUGGUGUCUUCCCAGUGGAUCUGGGACACAUGCCUGCUGCUCACCAGCGCGCACGAUCUUCUGGCGGCCGUGUUCGUGUCGGUCCUGCAAUGGGACCGGCCUCCUGAGUGGCCUCCGCUCUUCGGCAGCAUCACCGAAGCGUACUCCCUCCGACGAUUUUGGGGUGUGUUCUGGCACCGGCUUCAUGUGGCCGUCUUUGACGCUUACCUAAGUAUGGUCUUCCGUGUCAAGAGUGACAUAACCUUCCGUGCGCUCCGGGCGCUGUGGAUGUUCAUGCUGUCUGCCCUCUUCCACGCAAUAUCGAACUGGGUCUUGACGCGAAGGUUCCAUGCAGUGCCAGAGUCUCGCUUCUUUCUCUCCAAUUAUGUCGUGUGCUUGGCAGAAACCAUCUUGGAAAGCAACCGGGGCACCGGACUCCUGACCCAGCAACAACUGUUGGUUCGUAGCCGCAGCGGCAUUAUCAACUUGGCCAGCUGA